AUGGAAUUUUACCCGCGCGGUGCGCCGCGCGUGGAUCGGGCGAAGCGGCGUCUUGGGAGAUCGUCGUGGAUGCGCGCACUGGGACGCGCGCGAGUGGACGAGCGAUAUCCGCGUGUGAUAACCUGUGGAUUUAAACUCGUGUAA